AUGGCUGAGAUUGAGCACUACGUCGACCCUGAGGGUGGCAAGAAGCACCCCCGCUUCGUUGAGGUCAAGGAUGUUGAGAUGUCCCUGCUGGACCGCAACGUCCAGCUGUCUGGUAGCACCCAGACCACCAAGAUGACCAUCGGCCAGGCAGUCGAGACUGGCCUCGUCGACAACGAGACUCUGGGUUACUUCCUGGCCCGUAUCCAGCUUUUCCUGACCAAGAUUGGUGUUGACCUGACCAAGCUGCGUUUCCGUCAGCACAUGGCCAACGAGAUGGCUCACUACGCCGCUGACUGCUGGGAUGCCGAGCUGCAGACCAGCUACGGCUGGAUUGAGUGUGUCGGCUGUGCUGACCGCAGCGCCUACGAUUUGACCGUGCACAAGAACAAGACCGGCGCCCCUCUUGUGGUGCGCGAGACUCGUCCCGAGCCUCUCCGCAUCGAGGAGUGGCAGAUUGACCUCGAGAAGAAGAAGUUCGGUCCCCGCUUCAAGAAGGACGCCAAGACCGUCGAGAAUGCCGUCGAGGCUCUGACUCAGGAGCUGCGCGAGAAGCUUUCUCUGGAUCUGGAGCAGCAGGGCAAGAUCGAGAUCGAUGUCGAGGGCGUUGGCUCCGGCAAGGUUGAGCUCGACAAGGAGUUGAUCAAGAUUGAGAAGCGUACCCGCGUCGAGAACAUCCGCGAGUACACUCCCAACGUUAUCGAGCCCUCUUUCGGUAUUGGCCGUAUCAUGUACAGCAUGAUCGAGCACGUCUACUGGUCCCGUGCUGGUGACGAGGCCCGUGGUGUCCUUUCUUUCCCUCCUGCUAUCGCCCCCACUAAGGUUCUGCUGGUCCCUCUCUCGACCAACCCUGCCUUCAAGCCUCUGACACAGAGCCUGACCACCAAGCUGCGCCGUCUCGGUGUCUCUACCCGUGUGGAUGACUCGUCCGCCAGUAUUGGUAAGCGUUACGCUCGUAACGAUGAGUUGGGCACUCCCUUCGGUAUCACCGUCGACUUCCAGUCCGUCAAGGACAACACCUUCACCCUCCGCGACCGUGACUCCACCAAGCAGGUCCGUGCCAGCGAGGACGACAUCCUCCAGGCUAUCAAGUCUCUCACUGAUGGCGAGGAGUCCUGGGAGGACAUUGCCAAGCGUCUUCCUGAGUUCACUGGCCAGGAGGUUGAUCUAACCAACAUGGCGCCCAACGUCUACGCCGCGAAAAUCACACUCUCGUGUCCGCUCUUCGCAGCCGAUUUCGACCCGCGCGACAAUGGCCGUCUGUUUGUCGGCGGCGGGGGCGGCGAAGGCCGCAGCGGCUCCCUUCUUGACACGUCGCGUCGAGAUGAGAUCACCGAGGUUGUCGAACUGAAUCUGUCGCGCGAUGAAGACUCCGUGACGUCGUUGGCCGCGGCGCCGCAGAACGACGAUGACGACGAUUCUCUUAUUGCUCUGGCUGGUAUCAACAGCUCCCUCGCAGAGCAGAAGAAGAAUAACAAUCAGCAUAUGCGUUCCUUCCGGUUCAAGGCACCGCGGAAGGUACAGACAGACCAGGCCGUGACCAGCGCGGGCGCGAGCGGCCAGCAAACAACCGAGGAUAACAAGGAGGAAGAAGAGAAGAAAAAGGUGGAAAUUAUUCCUGGGUCAUCGGAAGCCGUUUCUCGUGCUUCUAUCUUCCGUACCAAGGGGCCCGGCUCAGAUGAUACAUACCAGCGCAUCAUGAGACUGUCGCCGUGGAAGAGGCCCGCGGGCGAGGACACUGACAAGAAGAGCAAGGAUACCCGUGUAGGAGCUAUCGCAACGGGAAUGGCCUCAUCUGGCGAGAUUGUCUUCUUCCGCGCGACUGGUUCUCCCAGCGAGUCCGAUGUGAUUGGCCGUAUUCGCCUCGGCUCCAACGAGGAAGCUGAGGAUGUGGAUUUCGCAGACCUCGAGCUUGACCCAGAGCAGAAGGAUGCCGUUGGGAAGUAUCGUAUGGCGUACACCAAUGGAGUGGAUGUGAUGCUUGGAGAGAUCUCAUCAUCUACCCGCUCCAACGCUGCCCCCGAUGUCCGCAGUAUCUACACAAUUCCUCUUCCCAGCAGCGGUGCCAAAGCCAUGCGGCCCAAGAUCCGCGCGUUGCGCUUCAUCUCAACAAACACAAUCCUGCUCCUUCAAAACGCCCCCGACCGCGGCGGAAGUGAACUCGUCCUCAUAAGCGUUCCUGCGGACAAGAACCACACCUCAGCUAUCAUCCGUCGGCGCAAACUCCCCCGAAGCGUGAAGAUCGGACUGGGCCUCGACGUCUGCCCGCUCGGCACAAACCCAGUCGGCCAACAACAGACCAUCGUCGCAGCCAGCGGCAGCGACAACUCAAUCAACAUCUGGACUCUAGAAAACGGACCCAUGAAAGGAUGGUCCCGAUUCAGACCCUACACAACCCUCACCGAAGUCCACCCCUUCUCAAUGACGAAACUCGUCUUCUCAACCUUCACCCCACCGGCGCACCCCAUAACGCCAGAAGUCCUCCCCCAAAGAGUCAAACUCGCCUCAAUAAGUAUGGGCAACACAGUCGUCGUUCACACCCUACCCCUCUCCCCAUUCCCCCCAUCCUCCAGAACAGCCCGCUACGUCCUCGUUCUCCCCGGCCCCGCCGAAUUCUGGGAACUUAUGUACUUCACAACAAUGUGUAUGAUCUCCUUCCUCGCAAUCAUGACCGCACUAUACGCCUACGCCGAAAUCCGCGGCGGCGUCCCGCCUUUCCUAGGCUCAACGGACUGGCUACCAGUAUCCUGGCAAAACUCCAUCGCAAACGAAUACAUCCUCCCACCACUCGAGCAGCGCUCCUUCUUGGACAACUUCUUCAUUUCCGAUUCGCCGGCGUUGGAAAACGCGGUCCCGCAAGCGCAAAUCACCCCCGAAGAAGAAUCCCAACUCGAGCACGAACUCUCAAGUCUAAAAGAUAUUCUUGACCGAGUUCACUCAUCUGGCGCCGCACCUGCCGAUAUUGAAUCCAUUGACUCGCACGAAGUCUCCGUCAUUGUCCGCUGUACCGAGCACAACGAUGUGGAGACGAGUGUUCUCGUUGAAACGGCUUCGUCCACGCAUGCGGAGAAGGUUUCUGAGAUGGAGAAGUUGCGCGCUUGGAAGGAGUUGAGUGAGGCUGACCGCGAUCUUUGGAAGAAGAAACUUACGGAUGCGGGGAGGUGGACGGUUCAUCAGGGGGAGAGUGUGCUUAAGGGUGUUUUGUUUGGGGAGAUUUGUGGUAGUCUUGGACGGGCUGUUAGGGAUAGUUUAUAG